GCUUACGCUCGUAGUCAUUCAGUUCGUAGUCUCGGUCCGAAGUGGUCGUGUUUUGCGCCUUCCUAGUUGGUUGCCGCGUCCGUUUUGCGUACGUGCCGCUGCUUCUUGCGCUGUGCCUGAUAACUGCUCCUGUAGGGGACCUCGUCAGUCGCAGUCGUGGUCUUCGUGUGUGCAGUGGACGAUCUCAACGAGCUCAUCGUCAGGAAAAGAAGGAGUCCGAAAAAGAAGACUGCCGGAUUUAAUUGCUCUUCAGCUUCAUUUGGACCCUUCCAAACCACGUCGUCGUGAUCCACCACCCGCCCUCUAAGUCAUGGACGCACAGACAGAGCCGGAAGUGCCCCCGGUGGCGGCGGCAACCGAGGAGCCCUUCCUGGGCCCGCUAGACAUUGUCCUGCUGCUGGUGCUGGUGGCCGGUGCAGCAUGGUACCUGCUCAAGAACAAGAAGAAGGAAGCCCAGACUAGUCAGUUCAAGUCGUACUCGAUACAGCCCACCGCCGUCAACACGAUGACCAUGGCGGAGAACUCCUUCAUCAAGAAGCUGAAGUCGUCCGGCCGACGGCUGGUCGUGUUCUACGGCUCGCAGACCGGAACGGCCGAGGAGUUUGCCGGGCGGCUGGCGAAGGAGGGCCUGCGCUACCAGAUGAAGGGUAUGGUGGCCGACCCGGAGGAGUGCGACAUGGAAGAGCUGCUGACGCUCAAGGACAUCGACAAGUCGCUGGCGGUGUUCUGCUUGGCCACGUACGGCGAGGGUGAUCCCACCGACAACUGCAUGGAGUUCUACGAGUGGAUCCAGAACAACGACGUGGACUUUACCGGGUUGAACUACGCGGUCUUUGGGCUUGGCAACAAAACGUACGAGCACUACAACAAGGUUGGAAUCUAUGUCGACAAACGGCUGGAGGAGUUGGGAGCAAGUCGUGUCUUCGAGCUGGGACUUGGAGAUGACGACGCGAACAUUGAGGAUGACUUCAUCACGUGGAAGGACAAGUUCUGGCCAGCAGUGUGCGACCAUUUUGGAAUCGAAAGUACCGGCGACGAGGUGUUGACGCGUCAGUACCGUCUGCUUGAGCAGCCGGAGACCUCGCCGGAACGUCUGUACACCGGUGAGGUGGCCCGCCUGCACUCGCUCCAGACGCAGCGCCCGCCGUUCGAUGCCAAGAAUCCGUUCAUGGCUCCGAUCAAGAUUAACCGCGAGCUGCACAAGUCCGGUGGCCGUUCGUGCAUGCACAUCGAGUUCGAUAUCGAGGGAUCGAAGAUGCGCUACGAAGCUGGUGAUCAUCUGGCGAUGUACCCGGUGAACGAUUCGGACUUGGUGACCCGAUUGGGCAAGCUGUGCAAUGCCGACCUGGAUACGAUCUUCUCGCUGAUCAACACCGAUACGGACAGUAGCAAGAAACAUCCGUUCCCUUGCCCAACGACGUACAAAACGGCGCUGACGCACUACCUGGAGAUCACCGCGCUGCCGAGAACUCACAUCCUGAAGGAGUUGGCCGAAUACUGCAGCGACGAAAAGGACAAGGAGUUCCUGCGGUUCAUGUCUUCCACGGCACCCGAAGGCAAGGCCAAGUACCAGGAAUGGGUUCAGGACAGCAGCCGUAACAUUGUGCACGUACUGGAAGACGUCCCGUCCUGCCAUCCACCGAUUGACCACAUCUGCGAGCUGCUUCCGAGACUGCAGCCCCGCUACUACUCGAUCUCUUCGUCUUCCAAGCUGUACCCUACCACGGUGCACGUCACGGCCGUUCUGGUCAAGUACGUCACCAAGACCGGACGUACCAACAACGGCGUCGCUACGACAUUCCUGGCCCAGAAGAAGGUUAACGGAGAAUCGCUGCCGCGGGUGCCGAUCUUCAUCCGCAAGAGCCAGUUCCGGUUACCGGCGAAAACGGAAACCCCGGUCAUCAUGGUCGGCCCGGGAACCGGGUUGGCUCCCUUCCGAGGCUUUAUCCAGGAGCGAGAUUUCAACAAGCAGGAAGGCAAGGAAAUCGGCCAGACCGUCAUGUACUUUGGCUGUCGCAAACGGUCCGAGGAUUACAUCUACGAAGAGGAACUCGAAGACUACGUCAAGCGCGGCGUAAUCAGCCUGAGGACAGCCUUCUCGCGUGACCAGCCGCAAAAGGUGUACGUUACGCAUCUGCUAGAGGAAGACAUGGACCUGAUCUGGGAAGUGAUAGGAGUCAACAAGGGUCACUUCUACAUUUGCGGUGACGCCAAGAACAUGGCCACCGACGUGCGGAACAUUCUGCUCAAGGUGCUGCAAUCCAAGGGCAACAUGAGCGAGAGUGAAGCGACGCAGUACGUCAAGAAGAUGGAAGCCCAGAAGCGGUACUCGGCCGACGUGUGGAGUUAAUCCGGUCGUCCGCCUCGGUCGUUUCCCCGCUAAUCGUAGUUCAAAGUACCAACCAAACGUGCGCGGUCGCGCGAUCGCGUGUUCCCAUUUUCCCCCGCUCCCAUCGCUGUCAUCCGCUUUUUCUCCGAUGUUCUGUCGCCUGGAAUACACGUGUCAAAAGGCGUCGCAGCCGAUGCCGAUGGUCAAGGUUGCAUGCGGUACCAAAUCUAUCGGCUGCGACGCGAUUUUAUUACUUUGUGUUAAAUUGUGGGGUUUCCUGUGUUUAUUCUUUUUUUUAAAUUUUAUAUUCUCUAAAGCAAUGCAACAACUCACUCUUCUUAAGCAAGUGCCCGGAAGUUUUGCAAAAUUAAGAUUCACCACAUUAAGGGGAAGUUAUGAAAAAAUGGGUUCAUCUGUUAUAGUGAUACGUAUAAACAAUAGUUUAAUACAGCUUUGUUACAACAUAACAAGUAAACCAGACAAAAAGCAACACACACAAAAAUUAUGAUGCGAAUGUUUUUUUUAAUUAUUUUUUCAUAUACUAUUGAAUAGUGCUGGAUGUUUCGUUGAGAUAAGGAUAAGGCAAAACAAUAAACAAGCGAGGCGAAUAAUAAUAAAAAUUGUUCAUAAUGUAGGAUCAAGAAUGAUGCAAUACACUAUUUUGGAGAUAUAUUUGAUGGUAGCAGUAACAAA